UUGUUCUCUGGGGGCUUUAAUUAAAUUACUGCACAAAAACCAAAGAAAUGGCUACGGUGCGCAUACCUAAACAAAAAGUAAUACUUUGUGGUGACUACGGCGUAGGCAAAAGUUCGCUAUUCCGUCGUUUUACCAACAAUACAUUUGUCACCGAAACGGAUCGCAAGUCCACGCUGGGUCUAGACCACAUAGACCGCGAGUACAAUGUGGGCGAAAAGCAAAUUAAGCUGCAACUUUGGGACACUGGCGGCAUGGAGCGUGUGGCAUCUGUGACCUCAUCUUAUUAUAAAUUUGCCGAGGGUGCUAUACUGGUGUUUGCCUUGGAUAAUGCUGCCUCAUUUCAUUCGCUGUCGCAGCAUCUGCUGGACAUUGUUACCUAUGCCGAGAAUGCCAAAAUCUUUAUAUGCGGCAACAAAAGCGAUGUCGAUGGCCGCGAGCCUGAGGUCAGCGAUGCGGAUGUCGAAGCCUUUUGUGAACAAUGCCAUUCGUUGAUAAGUGCCACCUAUAAAACCUCCUGCCGCACUGGCGAGGGCAUUGAGGAAAUGUUUCAGGAUAUUUCGCGUCAGCUGGUGCAAGCCAAUCGCUCCAAAAUGGAGCUACAGGCACUCGAACGCGAAAGCUUUAAGAUUGACAAGGCCUAUGAGGCUGAGCUCAAUGAGGAGCCCAGCUCUUGUAGCUGCUAGCAGUUGGGGAACAUUGAG